GUCUCCUAGUGAUAAUGGUUUCAUGUACCUAUUUGUCUCUCAGAUAAAGACACUGGAGGAGUGUGCUCGAGCGCAGGCAAGCCGUGCGUAAUGAGUUUUUAACCCGCAGAAUACAUUUUACCCUAAUGAAAGUGACCUGACAAGUUGCCUGAGAAUAAGUCGAUACGGCUUCUUUUGCUGUUGGAAAUAAAACAAUUCGGUCACGCCAAUAUUUGUAUUAAAAUUAUUAUUAUGGUUAUUCUGACAGACUCUCUCUGAGAGGAUAUAAAAUAUUCAUAACCCGCGAGAGUUUCUUAAUACGCAGUUGUCAAACCUAAGGACAGCUCGAUCUUUCUCCAAAAUCUAGCAUGGCCAUGUGUUAAAUGGAUUCGAUCAGCUUAAUAAAUGGCUCCUCUGGGAGCAAAGACCUGGCCACUGGGGAGGAUUCAUCUGACAUGUCUCUGAAUCAUCCUCUGUUAGAGCUGGGGGACAGCACCAAGCUUCUCGGGGUCCAGGUGGUUCUGAUCUUGGCGUACUCUACCAUCAUCCUUUUGGGCGUUGUGGGUAACUCCCUGGUGAUUUAUGUGAUUUACAAAUUCAAGACACUUCGCACCGUCACCAACUUCUUCAUUGCAAACCUAGCCGUGGCCGAUCUACUCGUCAACACGUUGUGUCUCCCUUUCACGCUGGCUUACACUCUCCUCAGGGAAUGGAAGUUUGGACAAGUGCUUUGUUUCACUCUGCCGUACGCUCAAGGUCUCGCUGUCCACGUCUCUACAAUUACAUUGAAUGUAAUUGCACUGGACAGGCAUAGAUGCAUCGUUUACCACCUAGACACUCGAAUGUCAAAAGACACCUGCUUUCUGGUCAUUGCCAUCACCUGGAUAGUAAGUGCCGUCUUGGCGAGUCCACUGGCCAUAUUCAGAGAGUAUGGGAUUGUAGAUCUUUCUCCAGAUGACUCCAUUGAGGUUUGUGGAGAGAAAUGGCCUGACAGUAGUACAGACAGCACUCUAUACUCAAUCUCCACGCUGCUGCUGCAAUAUAUAUUGCCUCUGGCUAUCAUCUCGUUUGCCUACAUCCGUAUCUGGAGUAAACUCCGCAAUCAUGUUAGCCCAGUUGGUCGCAGCGACAGGCACCAGCGCCGCCGCAAGACCACCAAGAUGCUGGUAACCAUGGUCGUGGUGUUUGCAGUCAGCUGGUUGCCUUUUCACGCCUUCCAACUCGCCAUUGACAUUGACCACAGCGUGUUGGACAUGAAGGACUUCCGGCUUCUUUACACAGUUUUCCACAUUGUGGCCAUGUGCUCGACGUUCGCCAACCCACUGGUGUAUGGUUGGAUGAACCGGAACUACCGCAGCGCCUUUGUUGCGGUCUUCCGUUGCAAGGAACGGCUUGAUUCGUUGCACAUCGAGGGCCAGGCUGCCCCAGCGGUUCGCAGCAAACCAAAAAAGGCUUUGGAAGCUCAAGAUAUGGUGACGACACAUCUCAACGCAACAGAUGUCUGAGGUGAGGAUACUGAAAGGAGUGCUGAUGUGAACUCAACAACACUGUCAAGGAUUCAUAGUGGUGGAUUCAUUGCAUCUCCCUGGUGAUUUAUGUGGUCUCCAAAUUUAAGAAGCUUCAUAACAUCACCAUUUUUUUUCAUUGGCACACCUUGCCUUGGUUGAUCUACUUGUCAUCAUGGUUUGUUUCUCAUCUACAGUAUGCUGGUUUACACGACACUGUGGGAAUGGAGUUUGGAAGUGCUUUAUUUCACUCUACUGUAUGUUCAAGGUCUUGCUGUCCAUGUUCCUGUUACAUGAAAUUGUGCUGGUGGCAUCUUUGCAACAAUGUGACCUAGCUAAAUUCUACACUGUGAGUUCAAUUAAAGAGCACAGAUGGGUAGAGCUCUUCACGUUUGUAAGAUAUUCUCAUCUUCUUCAUCAAUGCAUCUACACAAAGAUCUAUGAGGUGACUGAAUGGGAGAUAGAAGCGGAUGCUUCUCCAUUGCUAUAUAUAGACAACUGCACAGUUUUGUUCAUCGUUGAAGAAGGUUCGUCAGCAUUCAACAGUUUUGGGUGUUGUCAUACAACAAAUUUGUGCACCUUAGAUCUUGAACCUCACAAUUGCUCUGUAGUUGUUUAGCAGUCAUAAUCUUGUGUGGACUUACAGGCAGGUCGAGCAUUCAAAUGGCUCUGGAAGGUGUUAACAGCAAAUUGCUUCGCCUUUCAUCUGAAAGUAAUUUGCACUGAGGAAUAGUGUGCCGGCACUCCUUUAGACUAACAACAGCACAGGCAGGGACAGGGAGAUGUUUCUAUCCCUGCGGUUUGAAUGUUUCAACAGAUCUGUAUUAUCCCCUCCAUUAAAAUCCAUGAAAGAUGUUCUGUCAGUUCCAAUAUUUUUCAUAUUAAAAUAUUAAGAAUGUGUUUCAUAUAAAAUACAGCACAAAGAAUUAUCAUUGACAGUACCUGAUGGAUCAAAGUGGACUGUUCACUAGCUAGUUCACAUUUUAAAAACAUAAUGGGUUGGCAUGUGACAACAAGUAAAAAAGAAGAAAAAAAAACACUAUUAUUGUACUGGUAAUGGAAAUUUGCUUUCUACUGUAUGUUGUUCUCUUCUGUAAAGCUAUCACCGUGACAAAUGAAUGUAAGUACAUAUAUAUACAACAUCUGACACACAAUAUGUUUAUUAAUAGGAAUUGAUCUACCAACACAAGAAUAUUUCCCUAUGUUCUCCAAUUUCCUGAAGGAAAAUCGAUCCCAAAGCUGCUUUAAGCAAAAUGUGAUGACUUGUACAAGUUAUGGGAUUUCUGAUGGAUUACUAUUGGCAUACCUGUCCACUGUAGAACCAAAUUACUCCUUUUAACCUACAUUGUCUGCAGGAAGUGAGAAUACCACGUUUAAUUAGGACUAUGGGCUUCUGUGUGGAUCCAACUGGGAUGUGAAUUAAGAAUUAUUCAUAAGAUACACCAGCAGCAUUAAACUUUAAUAUUGUCAUUUGACUUUCUUGCCAUAUUGAAAAUAAUGUUGACAAGUUCUUCAGCAUGUAAAACCAAACAAUAAUACAUUUACAAUGGAAGUCUAACAGGCAGUGCAUUGGAUACACAUUUAAAAACACUAAUCAUUUGAAAGU